AUGACGAUUAGAUGGGGCAAGCUAAGGCCUGGAGGGGCACAGGGAGACCAGGUCAGAAAGGAGCAAAACCUAAAGAAGUCCAACACCCCCGGCACUUCCCCUGUGCCAACACGUGUAACCGAUAGUCUGCUCACUGGGCCCCUCGGGGCAGAGGUCACAGCUCCUGCCCUGGCACUGCAUGCAAACACAAUGCUAGCUGCCCCCUCCCCGUCCUGGGCACCCAGAGUCUCCCCUGGGUCCCAGACCUGCUCCCACCUCCACCUGCUGCCCCGCUCACCGCCUCCGCUAGUUCCAGACACCCCCAUGCCCACCCGGUCCUCUCCCCUCGCCCGGGAAAGAGGGGGGGCAAGCCUAGCUGUGACAAGUCGGGGGGGGCGGGUGACCCAGGACUUCCCUUCUCGCCUUCCUGAAAUAAAGAUGAGGAACAAGUGUACCAGUGUCAAGAAAGCUUUUGUCAGCAAAGAAUCCAUGGGACAGAAACAUUCUCGUAAGAUACAACCUGGUGGAACUGACCGGCUGUGGAGGAUGAGAUACCGACAUGCAAUGGUGGUGUCGAGCAUGCUAAUCAGCGGGACCUCCCUGUGGGAACCUGUGCUAGAAGACUGGUUCACAUUGAAGGCAGACAGCGUUGUUGACACUGGCUGUCAAAAAGGCUUCACGUCUUUGAAAGGAAAUCUUAAUCUUCUUUAUUCAUGUGUGAACAGGUCCAGGCCCCCAGCCCGCGACCCGUAUGCAUUGGCUGUUUAA